AUGGUAACAAAAUCGGCUUCAGUUUUUGCCCUAGAUGUGGCCUGCGCGAACAGAAACGCGAUCGAGCAGGGCUGCGAGCUGUGCAUACGAUCCACGCUCGAUAUCAUGGUGCACACGCCGCACGAUGAGCUAGGCCUUGUGUUCGCUGGCACCAAGGAAACCCUCAAUCCGCUCUUCAGGAGCGGCGAUACGCGGAGGUGGUACGAGCACAUCAUCGUGAAGCACGAUAUUAUGCAGCCUACCACGGUGGCUACCCUUAGGCCGCUGCUGGAUCUGUCGCGCCAGCUGAAUUCCGGCGACCUCUCAUCUCACGAGACGUGCGAUAUGCUGGAGACGAUCGCCAUCUGCGCACACCUGCUUUCUGCGCGCAAAGGCGGCGCCUUGACCAUCUACUUCAUCACCGAUGCGAAGGACGAGGUCGCCCGGAAGGAGGAGGUCUACUCGAUUCUGAAACUGCUCCAGAAGGAAAACAUCGCGCUUGUUGUGAUAGCAGUGGACUUCAGCAAGGACAUGGGGAAUGUGGAAGCGGAAUGGGACGGUCUCCGCGCAAAGGCGCAGAAUGAAUGUGUUUUACGUUUUCUAUGCGCCUCCCUCGGGGGGCGCAGCAUGGUGGUAUCGCUGGAGGAUGCCAUUCAGAAUCUGAAAGAGGGUGUGCACCGGAACACGAUGCCGCAGCGUCCUUUUCUUAAAGUCGUGCUCACCGUUGGCGAUAUCCGCAUCGCGACACAGAUGUUCUGCAAGACACGAGAUGCCAAACCGUCUGCUCUCAAACGCGUCACCCAAGCUGGCGAGGCGAUCUCCAGGAGCUUCGAAUACAGGCGCGCCGACAACCUCGUAGCCAUCGAGGAUUGCGUCAAAUUUAUUCGUUAUGGUCAAAAUUGUAUACCGAUCACAGAGGCCGAUUUGGAAGCGAUGAAAAUUCGAGGAAUGCGCUCCCUGGUGGCACUUGCGUUUGUUCCACUGGAUGAUAUCCCGCCUUAUAUUCUCAUGGGUGGAGUUAAAGUGGUGCUAGCACUUGCUGGAGAUUAUGUCGGGCAGAAAGGUUUCUCAGCACUGGUGCGGGCAAUGGUUGAAUCCCGAAAAGCUAUGAUUGUGCGAUUUGUACGCAUGCGCGACGCUCACCCAGUUCUUGGAGUUUGCAUUGGAUCUUCUAAUGCCAAACGAGACGCGCUCUUCCUUGGCAAGCUUCCCUUUGCUGAUGAUGUAAGUCUUUAUCAAUUUCCUAAACACGAGGAAGUGGUGUGCAGUGCCGACGAAGAACAACUGGUGGCGGCAUUGGUGGACGAAAUGACGGUUGGCAGGGAGGUUCUACGACCGAACAACACAUUCAACCCUUUUCUCCAGCAGUAUUACGAAUAUCUGCGCGCGGCGCUUAAGGCUGACGCAUCGGGUGCCAAGCAGAAGUUUUCAAUCAAUGAGAUGCCAGCGCUUCUGCAGAGUCUCCGGCGUACCUCAACCGCCUUCGCAUCCCCUGGAAACACCCUUCAGCCUAUGUUGCAGCGUGUCAAGGAAAAACUUGAACUGUGCUCGAAGGCAUUUCCUUAUGUCGAGACUGACAAACCGAUCGACAUCAAAAAUCUGAACGGCUCCUGA